UUCCAAGGCAAGGAAUAUCCUAUUUGGAUACACGUAGACGUAAAACUCGACGUUGUACUACACGAUUCUCCCGUACAAUGACUUGGAUGUCAACCAUUUGUCCGGACCUUGUCGGAACAAGGUACAGCCUUGGACCUAUACUCCCAUAGGCGUGUUACCAUGCUGCGCAACCUUCUUUCUACUCACGACCAACUGUCAAACAUGAAUCGCGAUACACCCCGAGUGGUUAUAGUUGGUGCAGGUGUUGCCGGGAUCACCAUGGCUGUGAAUCUGAGAAACAAGUUGCACCAUAAUAACUUCGUGAUUUAUGAAAAGGCGGAAUCCAUCGGUGGGACGUGGCGAGACAACACAUAUCCUGGUUGUGGGUCCGACGUUCCUGGGCACUGGUAUUCGCUUUCGACGGAACCAAAUCCAUACUGGGAGAACUACUACAUCACACAGCCCGAGAUACGCACAUACUGGGAGGAGAUAUAUCAAAAAUACGACCUGGCUUCCCGCACAGUAUUCAAUACUUGCGUUAAGCUUGUUGAAUGGGAUGAAGAAAAGGGCGUGCAUAACCUAACCUUAGAAGAUGUAACAUCUGGUCAGAUGAUACAAAUCCAAGCGGAAGUUGUUAUCCAGGCUGUCGGAUUUUUUACAGCGCCGAAAUAUCCGGAUAUUCCUGGAAAGGAGAAAUUCACAGGACCACUCUGGCAUUCUUCCCAGUGGAGGCAUGACGUAGAUUUGAAAGACAUGACUGUCGGCGUUAUCGGCAAUGGCUGCUCUGCAACUCAGUUCGUACCGGUCAUCGCUGCCGAGCCUACCACUCGGGUCAUAAACUUUUGUCGCACCCCACAAUGGAUCGCGCUCAGGUCGAACUACCAUUACUCAAAUUGGGCCAAGUGGGCAUUCGCCCAUGUUCCGUUUCUCAUGUACGCAUAUAGAUGCUUCAUGAUGAUAACGGGUGAUCUUUUAUGGGGCGUUUUCUUGGCGAAUUCACCUAUCAAUACAGUCUUCAAAAAGCUCUUAACGUGGUACAUCCGAAGCACCGCACCAGCAAAAUACCACGAUAACCUGGUUCCCACCUACCCUCCUGGAUGCAAACGCCUGGUUCUUGACUCUAACUACCUGGCCGCUUUGCAUCAGCCCAAUGUUGAUUUGAAUUGGACCGGAAUCCAAGAAAUUGUCGAGGAUGGCAUCGUUCUCAAGACUGGUGACAAAGUACCACUUGACGCAAUCAUCUUUAGUACCGGUUUUUACUUGGUCGAACGCGAAAUAGUUUUCCGCGGAAUCGGUGGCCGCACUCUGAAGCAUUACUUUGAAUCAGAAGGUGGCUAUUACGGAACGGUUUUCCCUGGGUUUCCAAACCUGUUCACAAUCGUGGGGCCCAACAGUGCUUCGGCUCAUGCUUCCCUUAUUUUCAUCAUUGAGACUCAGGUCGGCUACAUUCUCAAGCUGAUGAAGCCUAUCAUCAAUGGCAAGGCGAAAUCACUCCAAGUCACCCAAAAGGCUACAACCUCUUACAACACCUGGAUUCAAAAGCGUAUGGAGAGUACCGUAUUCUUUUCUUGUUUUUCAUACUAUCGAGGCGACAAUCAGGCGAGCGCCAAAAAUUUAGCCACGUUCCCUGGUAUGAUGUCGCUCUACUGGUGGAUCACGCGAAAGCCACGUUGGGAUGAUUUCAAGGUGGUGGGUGGAGAGCAGUGGUUUUACCAGCAAAGGAAAGUAGCGCUGACGAACUAUGCACUUGUUGGUUUGAUGGUUUCCAUCGUUGGUUACAUUUUCUCCGUGCUCUGGAAGCUUGUCCCCGGACUCAAGCUUCUUUUCGGGUGAGAUGAGAAUUCAAAUAACGUAGUUUGUGCUACUAUUUAUUAUUUAUACGUAUCGUCGACUCGUUAGUUAGGUGUAGACCUGCUGAGCGCUGAUGAUUGAUAAUGUAACGUCACACGCAAUUGAUGCCAAUGCAACUGUAUAGGGAGUC